AUGCAACUGGGGGAGCACACCUAUCCCCAGAAGAACCCCAAAUCUCUGGCUGGCUGUCUCUUACCCAACCCCCACCAGCUCCAGCCGAGGGGCAACUGUGCUGCUGGGCUGCUCCUAAGGAGAAACCAACGGCGCCACCCUCAGGCCCCCGGUGGCUGCUCAACCUGGGCCCCAUCUCUGCCCCCCAUCUUGGCUCCCCAGGCAUAUUUAAACUUUGCCCCUCCCACCCCCGUGCCUGGCGGAUCCCCUGGCACUGAGGCCCAGCCAGUGGCUCCAGCCAACGCACUUGGCUCCCGCAGCAAGUUAAAUCUAACCCAGCCCAGCUGUCUCUCCUCCAGCUCCCACCUGCCCCUCCCGUUCCCUGCAGGGAUGUGCCCACACCCUGCCCACCCUACACGGGCCCUCAGGAAGGGUGCAGAGGUCCCCCAGGGUCCCCCACUUUCCCACACUAGGAAAGCCCUUUGCCUAGCAGCCUCUGGGGUGGGUGCCCUGCUUCCGGAGGUACCCUGGCACCCAGGGUGGGGCCGGCAGAGUGCAGCAGGUUUUCAACAGGUAUUUCAAGAAGGAGCAGGAACCCAUUUCCCAACAGUCAGGGUGCAGCCAGGAAGAGGGAAACUCCAGGGCCAACACUGA